UUGAACUUGCUCUGCAACGUUUCAAUUCUCGAUCAUCAUUUACAUUUCAGUACAACACAUCGGAGAAGAUGAAGUUCUUCUAUCAUUCCAUUCUUUUGUUCAUUUAUUUUUCUCCUCUAUUCAUUAACCCACAUGCGAGGUCGACGUUGUUGAAUGCUAGUCUUGUAAGCCAAGAAACAUGUAAGGAAGUGCUCGAUAGUACCAGAAGGAGCCUCGAACAAGUUACUACAUCUAUCUAUCAGAUCCUUGAUACAUUGCAAGUGCCACAGGGUACUCCUGAUUUUUGCAAGGCCUCUGGUGCUCCUAUACUAAUUGGUUCGACUGGACCUGACGACGUAAAGAUUCCGAAAACACCAAACGUCACUGUUUCACAAGAUGGGAAGGGAAAUUUCAAGCUGAUAAUGGAUGCGAUCAAAGCUGCACCGAGUCACUCAAAUAACCACUAUGUGAUACUUGUCAAGAAAGGGGUUUACAAGGAAUAUGUGAACAUCGACCAAACAAAAACGAAUAUAGUCUUGAUGGGAGAGGGUAAAGAAGCCACUAUCAUUUCCGGGAGUAAAAGCGUAGGCGGCGGUCAGCAAACAUUUGAUUCAGCCACAUUUGCUGUUAGUGCUCAAGGAUUCGUUGCAAUUGACAUAGGGUUUGAGAACACAGCAGGUCAGAAAAAUAUGCAGGCAGUGGCGGUUCUAUCCGCCGGCGACCACGCUGCCUUCCACCGGUGCAAGAUAACAGGAAACCAGGACACAUUGCUUGUGCAUGCUGGCCGCCAGUUCUUCCGAGAAUGCGAAAUCAUCUGCACCGUCGACUUCAUCUUUGGCUAUGGCACUGCUGUCUUCCAAAAAUGCAACAUUUACAUCAGGAAAAACAAGAUUGGUGGCACUAGCGUUAUCUCCGCACACGGCCGUAACUCCUCAACAGAAGCAUCAGGCUUUUCGUUCCACGAUUGCGCCAUCAAUGGUGACCCCCAGCCCCCUACAAACUCAAGUACUCAUGCAGGCGCGUACCUCGGUCGAAACUGGGGCACUUUUGCACGAACAGUGUUCAUGCAUUCAACUAUAAGCAAUGUUGUAAGGCCGGAGGGUUGGCUUCAGUGGCAGAGUGAUCCUGUAGACAAACUAUAUUUCGGUGAGUUCCAAAAUUCCGGCCCAGGUGCGGCGGAUGGAGGUCGAGUCAAGUGGCCGGGGUUUCAUCAGAUGACCGCAGCUGAUGCUGAUAAAUUUACAGUGGCCAAGUUUAUUGAUGGGAAUUCAUGGCUACCUGCGUUAGGUAUCCCAUUUUCACCAGGAGUGAAGCCAUCAGCGGAUCCGCCCAAAUGGGGGCUUGAAUAUUCAUCGUCAUGA